AUGAGCGGAUUAGGUGCGCGGGGCGCGAGCGUCGGACGACACGCGCGUUCGGCACUGCAGGCCGCCACUGAGGAGGGGCGGCCCGGGCGCGCGUGCCCCGCGCCGCACCCCCGCGCCACCCUACCGCCAUGUGUCCGGAGCCUCGCAAAGGGUUUGCGAGUUAGUUGGAAAAGCGGUAAGGCAGCCCUUAAAUUUACAGUGGUAAGUUCCGAGUGCCGCCGAAAGCUGCCGAGAGAGGGCGAGCGUCGCGACGCCGAGUUCGGCCGAACGCGCGCGGCCGGCGCCGCCCAGUCGAUAAGGCCGUCUCCACUCGCUGAACAAAGACAC